UGAGAGACGGAAAGGCAGUGUCAUAGAGAACAGAGUAGCUAAACAUACCUACAUAAUGUUACCACACACACAGGCACACAUAACAUAGGGUCUUAGUUGGCUGUGAUUGACUACACUCAAGCUUUGCUGCCUGUGGAUGGAUCAGAACCUAGUCUCUCCUGCUGCUGUCUCCUGUGACCCAUCCCAGAGAGGAGAAUGGGGGCUCUGCGUUGUCUCCUGUGACCGAUCCCAUAGAGGAGAAUGGGGGCUCUGCGCUGAAUGCUGUGGUGUCUGAUGUGACUGGCACUGAAUACAGUUUCUUUUUUCUGGAGUUGACAGGAUACAAGAAGACAUGGGAAUUAGACGACCACAUACAUCUGAGACUCCUGUAGGCCUAUGUGUUUGCCUGAGUCUAGUUAUCUGCAUUCAUCUUUCAAAUGGAUCAGAUGUUGACACACUUGAGGUCCAGUGCACAGUCCAACAUGGCCCAGGUGGCAAAUUGCAGUUUCAGCAGACAACUCUGUUCAAUGAACAUGUGAUAUUUUCCUGCAACGGCCAAACACUAAGAGACCAACCACAACAGGACUGGGUAACACAUGCAUUCACCCAAGAGGAACUGGAGGAAAGACACCAGCAGUGUAAACGUCAGUUUUAUGAGCACUUUGCUUCAUUUGAGAAGAUAAAACAGACAAUCACAGUGUCAGCAGAAAUUCUUCAAAGACGUCGAGGUUGCUCAGUCAGCAGGUCAGGAAAGUCCUCCUUUGAUGAGUGGGGUGUGAAUGGUGAGGACUUCCUGACCUUUGACCCCAAUGCUCUGAAAUGGACAGCUCAGACUGAUGAGGCCGAACUUAUAGCAGCAGAGUGGGAUGGACACUGCUAUAUGAAUUAUGCUUACAAAGCUUUUAGCAAUAAGUUGUAUGCUGUAUUACCUAUCUUGAAGAGGAAGGUACCAGCAAGGCUCAGUGAUGAUGCGCACACAGGUUCAGAGCUUCAUAUAUUUGGCAAACCCAUCCAAAGAGGAACCGUCACAUAUUUACAGUGUCAUGUGACAGAUUCUGACCUAUCUGGAGUGAGGAUCCAGUUAACUAAAGAUGGGGUUCCUCUUGAUCAUGGAGUUCAUCACACUGGGCCACGUCCCAAUGGAGACGGAACAGUUCAGAUGAGGGUCCAGGUUAAGACCACAAUAGACAACAGCAAAACAUAUCGAUGUGAAGUUCACAGUGAAACUGUCAGCAAGUCUGUUGUCUUUGAUGACCCGUCAACUCUCCAGACCAUGAUUUGGGCUGUUCUCCUUGUCAUUCAGACUGCUUUAUGUAACUUGGUGAUUUGUAUGAUAAUAAUUGGUUGCCAUGUGUUGAUGGAGUAUGUGUGUGGAAGAUAGAGGCAGCGGCGGCAGCAGCAUUGUUCACAUUAUUAAAUCAUUAUUUUCUUAAAACGAUAUUUAUUUCACAUAAAAUUACUAAUUAGAAUCAUUUUCACCAUUAAUAGAUGAACUUCAUUCACUUUUUCCUAUAUGUCAUACAUUUAUUUCUGUUUGAAAUUGUACCUAUCUAGGAGGAGAUAUUAUUGGAGCUAUUAUUAAUGCCAAACCUGCCUUUUUAAAAAUAUAUUUUGAAAUUAAGGAUGUUUUUCUGUUGUUUACGUUUGUCACACCACGGGACAAAUGUCACAUCGAAGGACAAAGACAGUUAUUGCAUGAAGAGAGUCAGAAUAUAUGUAGUGUUUAUUGUAACAUUGAUAAAGGAGGACAUUUGUUGCUUUUUCAGGCUA